AUGGCGAUCCAGACGAUGUCUGAAUGGAUUGUGCUGCAGUCCGCGUCAUGCACGUGGGUGUCUCAGCCGAUUUCGUUGACGUAUGCGGAGGUGCCGGCAUGUGUGCAGGUGAAGUUCGUGAAUUACAAGAACAGUGACGACUAUUUUAUGAUCCAGGUGAAUAUUGUGUCAUCGGAUCUUCGUGGGCCGAGACCGGCGACGGCUCCGGGUCGGUGGUUUUUGUUGUCAGUGCCAUCGUCACCGCAGUUUGUUUUGAAGAACGAUUCGCCGUGGGCGAUUAUCGUGGGAUGGCCUCCUGAGAAGAAGCGGGUGCGGCCGAUGGAGGAGGAACGGCGAGUGUUCGACAGUGCAUUGGACUGGUUGCGGGAGGGCGAGAAAUCGUCGGAGUUGACGCAGUUGGAGCCUGGUGCGAGUCGGGUUGUGAGUGUACUGCCUUGGUGUGCUGAUUCUCGGCACGUGGUGGUGUAUAAGUUGGCUGGUUUGAAAAAGGAGCGUUGGGCGACGGCUUCGUUGUUGGAUGCUAGUGCCAGUUCGGACCGUCGCGUGUGGGAAAUGGGUGACAAGUACGCCUGCGUGACGCACUGCCAGACUAGUGUGAACAAGGAGGGUGUGCGUAUCUUCCGGGUUUGGACUAAGGCUGUGACAGACUUGAGUACGGAGUCUGAACCGGUGACACCACCGGGCCGCAAGCAGUGCGUCCAGACGGCGUUCGUCCGUGCACGCGUCAUGAUCUCGGCGGAGGCGCUCGGUGUCUCGUGGCGCAUCAACGGGCGGCCCUUGGUGCAGGCGCUGAUGCAGGAGCUGCAGGUCGCAUAUGUGGUGGCACCGAAGGAAUGUGUGCUAGGCGAAUUCGAGCCGCGCGCGCCCAUGGCGUAUCUGGAGGAGGCAGCGGAGCGACGAAAAAAACACAAACCCCACUUCAUUGACCUCGACUUAUUGCCCGGCGCGCUAAGGCCGGUGAAUCAUGGACGCGACUACCUCGGAGCGGUACAGGUGGCGCAGCUGCAGACAGCGCGGAUCAGCGACGCCUUGGUGAACGCGGGCUUCUUCACCUGUCUGGCCACACUCGACUCGGUCGCGCUGGACCACUUCGUGGUCGCGGGGCGACCUGGAUUGCUGAAGAGCAGCAGCACGAUUGCCAGUCGCGCAAUGGCGGACCUGGGAGCAGAGAUGCGGCGCAUUACCACUUGGGCUGCCGACACGCAGGAGUUGCGAGACUACAAGAACCUGCUCUGCGACUUCGGACAGCGCCGGCCAGGCGAGAGCGAGGGCGCGUUGGCGAAGAAAGCGUUCGUGGCGUACGUACGCAAACAGUUGCUCGCUCCAACGCACGCGAGUGUGUACGAGAAGAUUGCGGUCGUGGUGGCGCCGUUGCUGGCGAAUAUUGAGCUGGAGGUGCUCGAGGCGUUAGCGAAGAUGCUGGAGUCAGAGCGCGGAAUCGUGACGGCACCGUUCGUGAGUAGUGCGCGCGGCGGUGCGGAGGUGGCUUCAAGUGUGCGCACGCGUUUCUUGCCGCCGAAGCAGGCGCGGGCGGUGUUGGCGCCAAGUCCGGUUCAGACGUUGAAGGAGACGAAGCGUUUGUCGGCGGUGUUCUUCCGGCUCUGUCGGGCAUCUGUGCACGCGCUGGCUAGCGAGGGUUGGCAAAGUGGUUCGUGCAUCACGAGCGUGGCGCCGAAGCUUUCGGACCUGGCGAAUAUGAACUCGGUGUACUUCGAGAACGUGCGCCUCUCGCCCAUCUCCAUCCAGGUGUCGUUGCGUACUUCGGGGCAGAAGAUCGACCGCAGCAUUUUGUGGAUCGCCGACUCGCUUCCUCUCGACUCGCCCUAUAUGGCUGUGAGCAUCCAAGCUUGGGAACGAAAGUUCAUCGUGACCACUUGGCACGAGCUUUAUUUGCGCGCGCGACGCGACUACCUGCAGUCCCUCUUCAAACGCUCGCUCCCCAGCGUCUGGCUCUACUACGUCGGAGCACCUGUUGUCGGCAUCCUGCGGGGCGUCGUUCAAUUAGUCAAGAUUGUCCGCGAAGAACAUCGCAUCCGCCACUGGCGUCUCGCCAUUUCCGGUCCCACCAGCGGCGCCCGUCUCGGCCUCGUGGUGACCAUGCUGGGCUUCUUUGGAGGCGCCUUCCACUUCAUUUCGCAUAUCGCAGAUAUUGGCCACAAGCUGUUCAAGGGCCGACGACCGAGACCCAACUCGAUCCUGGACGGAUUCAACAAGGGCCUCCGCGGCUUCAUGCUCGACCUGCUCUGGAACCCCUGGUACUCGUUGGUUGUCCACACGAAGCAACAGUUGAAAACUGAAUCAAAACGCUGGAAGCUUCUACUGUGGGUCGUCGGCCGGUGUGUCCGGUGCGCCCUGAGCCCGCUCAUGGCCGCCCUACAUAUUGUCGCCAGCAUCAGUGAGGGCUUUGCUACCACGCUGAUUGGAGACUUUGACCAAUUCAAGGUGGAGGAGCUGAACCAACGAGACCCAUAG